AUGGCGGAACUACCAGCAAAGCGUGCAAGGCGCACCGACAGCGCGGCUAUGUGGGACAAGAACGAAAGUACGAGCGCCCCCAAAUCACAGAGAUCAACAGAAGAUUCACGAGAAAUCAAACGAAAGGACAGUGACCGCGAUACAUUAGAUGACAUCAGAGACAGAAGACGGAAUGACAGGCGACGUGAUGACGGCAGGCGACGCUCGAAGUCGAGGGACCGGUAUCAGAGCCGCAGAGAAAGGAGCCGAUCAAGGGACCGGCCAGCUAAAGGCAGGGAUCGAGAUCAUGACCGGGACAGGAUCAGGGAAGACCGAAGAGGGGCGGACCGAGAUAGAGACCGUGAUCACCGUGGUAGCCGAAGGGAACGGGAGAGAAGUCGCAGCCCAGACAGACACAGAUCUUCAAAGGAUGCAAGACUAGACAGAGAUCGAGACCGCCAUCGUCAUCGAUCAAGAUCCCGCUCCCCAGCCCGGAAUGGCGCAGACACCCCUACUCGAACACGGUCGCCUCCCAAAGCUCCACGGGCUGACCGCGGUCGACCAUCUGCUUCCACCGCUACUCGCCCAACAGAGCCUACACCACCAUCUUCCAAGGUCAAGAAGGAGCCUUCCCCUGGGGCGGCUAUACAGAUUGAUUCGAAAACGAAUGGUCGCAAUGGUGUGGACGAGGACGACGAUAGUGAAGACGCUUUGCUUAAAAAGAUGAUGGGUUUCUCAACUUUCAAAAGCACGGCAAACACAAAGAUACCAGGCAAUAACGUGUCAGGUGUGCGAAAAGAGAAGUCGACCAAUUACAGACAGUACAUGAACCGCACUGGUGGAUUCAACCGACCAUUGAGUCCAUCGAGAGAUUGA